AUGGCAAAGUCCGCACCAUACAUCUCCAUCCCAGGAGUGGCCAAUUUUCGCGACAUUGGCGGCACUCCCAUCGCCUCGCAUCCGGGAAAGGAGGUUCGGCGCAACAUUGUCUUUCGUUCAGCCCGGCCUGACAUUUCGACAUCUCGAGGGAAGAAAAAGCUACAGAUGCUCGCCAUCACUCACACGUAUGAUCUUCGUUCGACACAGGAGCUUUCUUCUUCGAAAUCCUAUGACAGAAGCAAGCUGAUUUGGGCGGGCACAACAACUCGAGUGUCCGUACCAGUGUUCCGGCCCGAGGAGUAUGCCCCGGACGCUGUAGUUGCGAGGUUCGCAAAGCAUGGGACAAGUUGCGAGGGAUUCGCCGAGGCCUUCUCAGAGAUCCUCUUCUCGGCAAGCCAUGUCCAGAACAAGGCGCGCCCCUUUGCAACCAUUCUUGAGCACUUAUCCUCUGCUACUAACCCCCCUACUCCUAUGCUAAUUCAUUGCAGCCUAGGUAAAGACAGAACGGGCGUCAUCAGCGCUUUGAUUCUAUCUCUCUGCGGCGUGAGCGAUGAGGACGUGGCCAAGGACUAUUCCUUCUCGGAAAAGGAGCUGGCUCCGCUUCUUCCAUCGCAUGCUGAAAAGCUUUCAGACAACCCGGCUUUCAAAGGAUCUCGCAAUGAUGCAGAGAUUUUGGUCCGAACGCGAAAGGAGAAUAUGCUUUGCUUUUUGAUGAAGCUUCGAAAGAGGUAUGGCUCGAUUGAGAAGUGUAUCAUUGGUCAUAAUCUGCUCCAGGCUGAUGGCAUCGCUCGACUGAGACGCAAUAUGAUUGUUGACGCCUCCAAGAACCACUCGAUCGUCGAUAAAUGGGAUGAGGAGGAUUUUGCGUAA